AUGAGGCGCAUGCUGAGCUCGUUCAACCGGCGCGCGUUGAGCCAGACGCGCGACGAUGCUGACGAGUCCCCCGAGGCCAUCAUCCUGCGAGAAGUCGCUGCUGAUGUCGGCGAUCUCCAGAAAGCGUUUUGCGAGUCCGACAGAGGCGCCAACGGAGCGGUAGGAGCAUCCCAUCUUCUCCAAACUGGCGAUUGCGUGCUGAUGCCAUGCCUGCAGGCCGAGGACUACGUCCAUCUCCCUGCCAUCGUCGAGGCGGCCGAGUCGAGCCCCGACGCGGCCAGGGAAGCCGCCCUGCGCAUCCGCCGAUACCUCGCCAGUCCCAGCAAGCCCAGGGGCCUCGCACAGUACAAUGCCAUCAUGCUGAUCCGCAUCCUGGCCACGAACCCGGGCCCGACGUUCACGCGCAACCUCGACGACAAGUUCGUCGCGACGGUCAAGCAGCUGCUGCGCGAUGGGCGCGACAUGGCGGCCCUGCAGAUACUGCGCGAGACGCUGGACUCGUUCGAGAAGCACAAAUCUGCAGAUGAAGGCCUGGCGCCGUUGAUCGCCAUGUGGAAGAAGGAGAAAGAGCGCAUCGCGAAGGCGUACGGACGGCCUCCGCCUGGCGCGUUCGCCAGCGCCCCCCGUCACCACCGUCCCAAGGUGCUGCCGCCGCCGGAUGAGCUGGCAGCGCGCAUCUCGGAGGCCCGGACGUCAGCAACCCUCCUCAUCCAGCUCGCUCAGUCGACGCCUCCGACGGAAGUGCCCACCAACGACCUGAUGAAGGAAUUCUCCGAGCGAUGCCAGGCCGCGUCGCGGUCGAUCCAGGGGUAUAUGGAGUGCGACAACCCGCCUCCGGACGAGGAUACGCUGUUGACCCUGAUCGAGACCAACGACCAGCUGUCGGUGGCGCUGUCGCGCUACCAACGUGCCGUGCUCAAUUCGCGGAAAGCUUUGAGCAAUGGGAAUAAUAACAGCAACAGCACCAGCACCAGCAACAGCAACAGUAAUAGCUCGUCACCAGGUCCAGAGACGCGGGAUCGACCCCUACCUGCGCCGCCUGGCGAAGCUAGACCUGUGAGGGCUUCAGUGCCAGCUCCAGCGCUGUCAUCCCCUCCUCCGCCACCGGCUCGACCGAGGACGACCCGAUACGAGUACAAUCCGGAGGAAUUCCAGGUUCAGAAUCCGUUUGCAGACCCGGUCACGAGGACGAACACCAUGAACGUGUUUGUUGACUUAACGCAUAAAUCCACUUGCUCUAUCUCUUACCUACCUAGCGUCUGCCUAAGCAUAGAUAUACUGUACUACCUAGGCAGGCAGCCAUAA